UCCGGUCAGGGCAUCAGGGCGGCGUCGUGCUUGCUCCCGCCCACCUCAUUAGACAGGAACCUAGCCGGACCGAAUCUCGCCUCAACAACGUGAAAUCUGGACCGACUGGAAGGAAGCUUUAACAGAAAGCAGGCCGCUGGUCGAGUUGUGUCAACAGAGAGGCAGCAAGCGACCGCCUGGGCUAAACUCCGCUUCUGACCUCUCUUUGAACGAACCGUAUCAUUUCUUAAGUUCAGCCCGCAAAGGUUUCGCCAUGGGGUCCAGAGCGUCCACGUUACUCAGAGAAGAAGAAAUAGAAGAAAUCAAGAAGGAAACAGGCUUCUCCCACAGCCAGAUCACCCGCCUGUACAGCCGCUUCACCAGCCUGGAUAAAGGAGAAAACGGCACACUCAGUCGAGAAGAUUUCCAGAGGAUCCCUGAGUUGGCCAUCAAUCCUCUUGGGGACAGAAUCAUCAACGCCUUUUUUCCUGAAGGGGAGGAUCAGGUGAACUUCAAGGGCUUCAUGCGCACCUUGGCGCACUUCAGACCCAUCGAGGACAACGAGAAGAACAAGAACCCGCCCGCCACGGAGCCGCUCAACAGCAGGACAAACAAGCUGCUCUUUGCUUUCCGUCUGUACGACCUGGACAGAGACGACAAGAUCUCCCGGGACGAGCUGCUGCAGGUCCUUCGGAUGAUGGUCGGCGUAAACAUUUCGGACGACCAGCUCGGCAGCAUUGCUGACAGGACCAUCCAGGAGGCCGACACCAACGGAGACAGCUGUAUUUCCUUUCAAGAAUUUAUCAAGGUUUUGGAAAAGGUGGACGUGGAACAGAAAAUGAGCAUCCGGUUCCUCCACUAAAGUUUCAUUUUUUGUUUGUUUGUUUUGUUUCCCUACACACUUCAUGAGUAGAGCUCGGACUGGUCAGCUGUUAUCAGGUCAUAGUUUCAUCCUGCUUUUCCGCAGCCACAUCCAAGUUACGCACCGUUUCACAGCGGGCAGACGUCUCCGAUCCUGACGUUCUGCCGCUCCGGGGACAAAGAAGGGGUUGGGGGGCGUUGAGUUGUUUUAUCCAAUGUCACGAUGUACACCUUCCUAAUCGCCCACCGGUGUUUAUUAGAGGGCCAUAGUGGGUAACACUUCUAUUCUAUGUGGUAAAGCUCUUCGCUGUCGCUAUGAGUAAGUUCAAAUCAAAGUUUACUCGUGCUGAUAAUAUAUUUAAUUCAUGCGUCUUUGUAGAAAUAAUGUGCAAAGUGUUAAAUGUGUUGAUUCCAUUUCAUGUGUUUUUUUUGUUGUUUUUUUAACGCUGACAGGAUUAUAUGACUCCUUCCCUCCGGCCUGCUGCGGAACAAGCUGUAAUUUAUUAUCCAAUCCCCCGAGGCGAAGCGAGACCAGCCCCACUGAUUGUUGAUUUACUCACUGAAGUGCCAUGACUAAACACUAAUCACAAUUCUGUAGCCUUGACUGUGUCACUUUCAUGUGGACUAAACCUAAGAGUUGUUAAAACUAAAGUCUUGUGAUUCUUUUUGAAAUGAAAUCCUAUCGGGACUUGAUCAAAGCCUAGGAAUGAAUGUUGGGGUCUACGGUGGAGCGGAUCACCUGAAUCCACACAGAUAUCGUUUCAUUCUUCUGUUACUUUCAUCUGUUUCUAUCGUGGCUAAUAGGGGGGGAAAAAAUACAAAUGCUAAUCAUCUGUUUUCUAACUUAUUUCUGUGUUUAGCUCUAGAUGCCAAAGAGUGAAUAAUCUGCAUAGGAGUAUGAAUCUGAACCAGAGUUUAGUUGUCUGAGCCAUUAAAGCUUCAGUGUGACUUUUUUUCAUCUCUGCAUUCCUCGGUAACAGAGUGCAGGAAGAACAGCUCGACUAUUUUUAUCAAUCAUUAUGGGAUCAUAAGUUAUAUAUUAUGUGAUGUCUCUCUGUAGCUGUGCAAGUGAUUAUUGAACUUGAUUUGAAUAAAAAGUGCCAUGCACUCUG